AUGGAGGAGCACCAGAGGGGGAAGCAGGGCAAGGAAGAGGUGAGGUACCGUGGCGUGAGGCGGCGGCCGUGGGGGAAGUACGCGGCGGAGAUAAGGGAUCCAUCGAAGCAAGGGUCGAGGCUGUGGCUGGGGACAUUUGACACUGCUGAAGAAGCUGCUAGAGCUUAUGAUCGUGCAGCUUUUAACUUGAGGGGUCAUCUUGCGAUUCUCAAUUUUCCUAGUGAGUACUACUCCCAAAUAAGGGGUUCACCACCUUAUCCACCUCACUUAGCAACACCCUCUUCUUCCUCUUCUCAUGCUACUGGAAGCACUUCUUCUUCUUGUGCAUUCCAGAGGCCUGUUUUCGAGAUUCCUUGUUUGGAUGAUAAGGUGUUGGAGGAUCUUCUUGGUCAGUCAGAGGAGCACAAGAAGAAAAAGAAGGGAGAUUGA